UUCGACCAGGGCGACUUCGGUCCCACGGCCGACAGCAUCGGGGGAAUCAGCACCGGGACGCUGGGGACGUCUAUGUCCAUGGGAAUGGGUCUCGGAGUGGGACGGACCGCCAUGAUCACCAGCGGAUCCGCAACUAUAUCGGGGGCAGGAAAGAUGAACCGGUUGCCGCCUAACCUCCUAGACCAGUUCGAGAAACAGCUGCCAGGUCAACAGGACGGCUUCAGCACGUUACAGUUCCAUCGAAGCACUGCGGUGACGACGACCAAACAGCAGCAACAGCAGCGGACUGACAGUCCGGGAAAAAUACGCUACUUGGUUCACUCCGUCCAGAAACUGUUCGCUAAAUCCCAUUCGCUGGAAAACUCUGCCAUCAAGGGAAACAUGAACGGCCGCAACAGCAGAUCGUCGAGCAGCGAUGACAAACACCAUCGGAGCAAAAGCAAAGACCGGGCGAAGAGCGAAGGAACGGCCAAACGGAGGCCACGAUCCAAUAUGUCCGGAUACUGGAGUUCUGACGAUUUGGACAGUGAUGUUAGUAACUAUAGGAACCCGAUGGCCAUGAUGACUUUGGGUCGUCAAGCGGUGGGAUCCGGACCGGGGCCGGGCGGACAGGUGGCAUCCAGGUACUUCAUGCAGGGCUACAGCACCAUGAGCGAGCACAUGCUGAAAUCCUCAAAGAGUAACAGUGACCUGAAGCACCAGGGGCUCCCUGCACCCCCGGGACCUGGUGGCGGCAGUGGAGGUGGUGGGGGGGUCGGAGGAGGCCGAGGGCCGAUGUUUGAUGGGAACUUUGGUAAAGGGGGACCCUGGUCCACGCUUACGUUAGGACCCUCCAGACAGGUGUGCCAGAAGGGCUCGGCCACGCUGGAUCGCACCCUGCUGAAGUCCAGAUCUGUCCAGCAGGAUCUGGGCUGCCACGUCCUGCAGGUGCGCGGGAGGAUGCCCUCCACCGACUGGAUGGGGACUCUGGGCCGAAGCGGGCCCAUGGGCGAGAUCCCCUGUAGACGGAUGCACGAGUCCCGUCUGCUGGACUACUCGAUGCUGCAGGGGGAUCUGGAGGCUCUCUGGUCCCCCCUCCACAGCAUCAGCACCCUGCAGCAGAUCGGACGCUCUGUCAGCUGUCUUCCUUCUCUGCGAGAGUACUCUGGGAAUCGCAGUCUGGAUAACCUGGACUGCAUCGGAGGCAGUUCUCCGUUCCCAAACUGGGAUGAUGACGACUUCAGUCAGGGCUGCAGCACGCUGGGACGCGGCAGCUGCAUCAGUCAGGUGCGAGACAUGGAGCUGAGUCAGCAUUAUGGAGACGAGCUGGAGGACAUGCAUCCUCACUCCCGCUGCAGCGAGCCUCCUGACAUGCCCAUGCCCACAUGCUUCCGCUCCCGCAGCCAUAGUUACCUUCGCGCCAUUCAGGCCGGCUGUUCUCAAGACGACGACACGGCCUCGAUGGACUCUGAUUCACCGCCGCCCAUGACCACAACGACCGUACGCACCUACAGCAACAGCACCGUCUCCACAUGUAUGACCUCCUGUAAGAGGGUGGCUCCGCCUCCUGUUCCCCCUCGAACCACCUCCAAACCCUUCAUCUCCGUCACCGUGCAGAGCAGCACCGAGUCCGCGCAGGACUGCUACCCCGACCGCAAGAGCGAGGUCAACAGCCAAUCAGGACGCAGCAACUCCUCCGACAGCCUCGACAGCCUGGCCAAAGGGUCACGACCCCAGCUUCCUGUAGCGCCGCCCCGUGUACCCCAGGCCGUGGUCAUCUCUCCCAACGUGCUCCGAGAGUCCCAUCAUAUGCAGGUGAAGGGGGAGGCGCUCGCUGCGGACGAACCCCCUGUAGACCCCGUCCCGAGACGGAAACUCUCCUCCAUUGGGAUUCAAGUCGACUGCAUUCAGGAAAUCCAGGCUAAAGUAGAGACGCCACCGCUGGCCAGAUUCCAGUCGAUCGGAGUUCAAGUGGAGGACGGCUGGACUUUCAGCCGCUCCAGUAGUAUGGCCUCUCGGCAAGAGACGGACUCAGACACGCAAGAUCUCUCGCUCACAUCGCUGACGUUCCCAUCCAACUCCAAACACACCGAGAAGAAAGUCAUGGUCAACAGCGCCAGCCAAUCGGUGGACUCUCCUCCGCAGCUCUCCCUCGACAACGGUAACCAUGACAACGGCGUGGCGGUGACAACCAGCGGCCCCUCCCGACAGAUCCUGACCAAUCGCUCGAUCACGCAGAGCAGCUCCUCGUCCUUCUCCGAGAGUCUGGAUCCGGCCCUCGACCCGUCAUCCCUCCCGCCGCCUGAUCCCUGGCUGGAGAGCGGGAACGGGACGGGGAACGGGGGCCCCGCCCAGCCGCUGACGGGGGCCACAGGGGCCACGGCGUGCCGGCGGGACGGUCACUGGUUCCUGAAGCUCCUGCAGGCCGAGACGGGCCGGAUGGAGGGAUGGUGCAGUCAGAUGGAGAAAGAGACCAAAGAGCACCAGCUCUCAGAGGAGGUUUUGGGGAAGGUGCGUAGCGCGGUGGGCUGCGCUCAGCUCCUCAUGUCCCAGAAGUUCCAGCAGUUCAGAGGCCUGUGUGACCAAAACCUGAAUGUGAACGCAAACCCGAGACCCACGGCUCAAGAUCUGGCUGGGUUUUGGGAUCUUCUUCAGCUCUCAAUAGAAGACAUCAGCCUCAAGUUUGACGAGCUUUAUCAUCUCAAAUCAAACGACUGGAAGCUGCAGGGAGACUCGCCGGAGAAGCAGGAGAAACAGAAACAGGCUCCUCCGGUGCCCAAGAAGCCUGGGAAGAGUAAACCCGGCCUGGGCCGAGAGAAGAGCAACGACUCGGUGGACAAACAGAGACAGGAGGCUCGCAAGCGGCUCAUGGCGGCCAAGAGAGCUCAGUCCGUCAAGCAGAACUCGGCCACCGAGAGCGCCGACAGCAUCGAGAUCUACGUGCCCGAGGCGCAGACGCGGCUCUGAGGAGACGCACACCAAACAAGCUCAAGGGCUCCGGCGUCACACACAACACCAAAAGCUGCUUUUGACGGCGUCGAGGUGAGAGAGGGGGACGGAAACCACGCAGUGCAAACAGACUGCCAAGGAAAACCUCACAACAAAAAUCGUAUUAGUUGCAAUGAAUAAUAUUAUUAUUGAUAUGAUAAUUCAUAUCGGACUGCUAUUGAUUAUGAUUAUUGUCCUAGAUUGUUUUAAAUGUUCUGGAUAAGAACUCCUGUAUCGUAGAAACACUCCCGCCGCUCGCGUGGAAUCCACGUCUUCCUGUUACACGCUUCGGUUCCUGUUCUUCUUCCUCUCUUCCUUCACCAGAGAUGCUCCUCGUCUUUUGUUAACAGUUUGGAUCGAUGCAAGCGAACGUCGCACCAGCUGCUGCUUGAUGCGGCAGGUGGCGCUCUUCCGUUUCCCAUGUUUUGAUGUUUACAAAUCAUGCGUUGUGGUAUAUCUCCGUCUCAGGUCCUAACGUCUCACGGUUGUCCAGUUCUCAUGAGUUUAAACAAUCCUAAUAGUCCUUGUUAUUUCUGCUUUGCUUUAAGGAAAGCAACCUAACCUGAUGUUUUAUUGAAUGAAGUGCCUGUGGAUCAUUAUUGUGGGUAACUUUACGACCCUUGUAGCAAUAUCAAAGAUUAUAAUAUCACAAUUUAAUCAGCACUCCCUAAAACACGUAGUGUAGACGCUUUGGCGGUGGGAUAAAACUUAGAGCUAAAUAUGAUUCUUCGUUCCUUUUCAUCGUCCAGUUUCUCUUUCAAACUGCACAGAUCUGUACUUGUCGCACCUCCUCAUGUCCUGUUAGUUUGAAUAUAGCAUCGAAUAUGACGGAUUUGACUAGAUAA